UUCAUUGACUCUGGACGUCAUCCUUUGAACGGACCCAAUAAUUUCCCCGCCGUGAGGUGCUGCUUGGUGGAAGCAACCACAACGAUAAGGGAGGGAGCUACCCUCAAAUGGCGGCUAUAGUCCACAUACUGAAGUCCCCGCCCCGUAACUCCCAAAAAAAUCGGCCCCUAAGAGCUCUACUCCCUAAAGAAGGAGGUACGAAUUCACGCCUUUCUUCAGGUCAUAACCUUUUCGCCCUCAAGUAUUUCUAUUCUCAACUUUCAAUGGUGAUUUUCUCUUUCGUUUUCUCCCACCACGCGUAAGCCCAUCCCCUCCAAAAUGCAAUAUUUUUGCUGCUUCUCUCCGAAAGGUGCUAUCUUGGCUGCGCCCAAUCUAGAUUCGGAUCUAGGUCACCCUCAUAUUUUUGGGAGGAGGAAGAAGAGAUCUGGCCUUGGCGAUUCUUUUGGAAAUUUUCAUAGUGCAAGGAUUCAAAUCCAAAUUUUGAAAAGAGGGUUGGUCUCUAAUCACUGCAAGCUGAGAUACUAUGGUCCAAAGAAGAAUUCUUUCUACAGGCCUUCGGCGCUAUCUCUAGCUUCAUUUCAUGAUCCUCAAGGGAGUGAAAAUAAGAACGAAGAUGAAGAAAUUGAUUACAUUGUUGAUCCUCCUGAAAGCAAAGAAGAGAAUUUCCAGCGAGACAGGGUUGUAUUUGUUGAGAAGGAAAGGGUGGAUGUGCGAGCACUAGCUGGGAAAUUAUGUGAUGUAAAAACUGCUGUUGAUGUUGAUGAAGUGUUAAAGGAUUAUAAGACUCUGCCUCUACCUGUCUAUUCUUCUAUUAUUAGAGGUUUUGGUUUAGAUAAAAGAGUGGAUCCUGCUUUUGCUGUUUUUGAGUGGCUCAAGAUGAAAGGAAAAGAUUCUGGUGGCAUCAUAAGCCCGAAUUUGUUCAUCUAUAAUAGCCUUUUAGGUGCACUGAAACAGGUUGCACAGUUUGAGAAGAUUGAUGAGGUAAUGGAAGAGAUGAAGUCACAAGGGAUUGUUCCUAAUAUCGUAACUUACAAUACUUUGAUGUCAGCUUAUAUAGAUCAAGGGCAGCCUCAGAAGGCCCUUGAUGUUCUAGACGAGAUUGGGAGAAAUGGAAUAUCACCAUCUCCUGCAACUUACUCUUCUGUUUUGCUCAUCUGCAGAAAGAUGGAUGAUGCAAUUGGUGCUAUUGGAUACUUCGUCAAAUUUAGAGAAGAAUAUGGAAAAGUUUAUAUGGUGAAGGAUCCAAAUAAUGACUGGAAAACCGAAUUUACUAAGCUCGAGAACUUUGCAAUUCGCAUAUGCUAUCUGGUUAUGCGUCAUCAUCUUGUAAAUGAAGAGAAUGCAGCCACCAAUGUCUUCAAGAUUCUGAGUGAGAUGGACAAGGCGCGGUUAAGGCCGGGAAGAGUAGAAUGCGAGCGACUUAUCUGGGCCUGCACACAGGAAAGACACUACAAUGUGGCCAGAGAAUUGUAUCAAAGGAUAAGAGAGAUGGAGAGUGAAAUAAGUUUAUCUGUAUGCAAUCAUGUAAUCUGGCUGAUGGGUAAAGCUAAGAAAUGGUGGGCAGCUCUUGAAAUCUAUGAGGAUUUGCUAGAUAAGGGUCCUGAACCCAAUAAUCUAUCAUAUGAACUGAUCAUGUCGCACUUCAACAUAUUACUCAGUGCUGCUAAAAAGAAAGGGAUAUGGAGAUGGGGUGUCAGGUUGAUCAACAAAAUGCUUGAUAAAGGUUUGAGGCCUGGAAUUAAAGAAUGGAACGCAGUUCUUGUUGCUUGCUCCAAAGCAUCAGAAGCUUCUGCUGCUGUGCAGAUUUUUAGGAGGAUGGUGGAGCAAGGUGAAAGACCCACUGUACUCUCUUAUGGUGCUUUACUAAGUGCAAUGGAGAAGGCAAAGCUAUAUGAUGAGGCACUUCGUGUAUGGGAGCAUAUGUGUAAGGUGGGUGUGAAGCCUAACUUGCAUGCUUACACAAUUUUGGUUUCAGUCUACAUUGGGAAUGGAAUGCCAGAGAUGGUGGAUUCCGCCAUUAAAGAGAUGAGACUAUCAAAGCUUGAACCAAACAUUAUUACUUUCAAUGCUAUUAUUACAGGAUGUGCUAGGAACAGGUUGAGUGGAGCUGCUUUUGAGUGGUUCCAUCGGAUGAAAGUUCAGAACAUCAAACCAAACGAGAUUACUUAUGAGAUGUUGAUAGAAUCUCUUUCAAAAGAUGGAAAACCAAGACUUGCAUAUGAAAUGUAUUUGAGGGCGAUAAAUGAGGGCUUGCAUCUUUCAUCAAAGGCUUAUGAUGCUGUGUUAGAAUCAUCUCAGGCUUUUGGUACAAACAUGGACAUGAAUGCCUUAGGAGAUCGGCCUCAAGAGAAGAAGAGAAUAGUCAGAAUUCGGAAAGAUCUUUCAGAACUCUGUGACCUUGAAGAUCUCGAUAGGAGUAAACCAUUUGAUAGGACAGAAAUUUGUAGUUCAGACAUACAAGAAAUAUAAUGUAUGAAGGACUUUUUCCCCUUUUCUGCUGGUCAAUUUCCUAAACCAUAUGAAUAUUGAAUACUAGUAGAGAUUUCCUGGUUAAUCUUGAUUUUUUCCAGGAUA